AUGGAUGCAAAUCUACUAAGAACACCCUCUGCCGAGCAUACAACAGAAUCGGAUGACCAAAUAUCAACAUCAUCUGACUCAAUCCAGAAAAUGAAGCGGACGCGGUCGAUCGAGACAUGGAUUUCAGAUCGAUUUGUGUGGGAAACGUUGGCCAUCUCCGCAUCUGUUAACCUGGUGGUCGCCAUCUUGAUUAUCCUGAUGCGUUUCGAGUCUCAGCCUACCUGGAAACAUUUCGCAUUUUGGGGCAGUUUGGCCACCGUUCUCACAGUUGCGUUCAAUCCUUUCACUCAAAACUUGAUUAACAUAUAUGCCAAAAUGGUCUAUGACGCCUCGCAAAUUGCGACUGUGUCGAACAACUCUGUGUACGAUGAAAUAGAUGCAUUAAAGGCGAACGUCUAUAACGCAUUGAUCAACAUUAACGCGUCGAGAGCAUGGUCUGUUCCGCAAUGGACUUGUACAUCUGGGAACUGCACUUGGGCCCCAAUUGCUGCACUUGAAGCCACUGCUAAGUGUACGAACGUGACGGAUCGGUUGCAGUCCCGCUGUUAUCUCCUCACAAACUCCACCGAGCGAAGAUGCAACAUUACUCUUCCGAGUAGUAAUGCUACAGCAAAUGUCAUCCAGGACACUUGCUGGGGCACUCCAGCAAUCGUGGUCAAGAACCUCGCUUCCGGCAUAUACAAUGCAGGCCCGCUUCCCCAGCCAUUGGUGUACAAGAACACAACGUUGGCUACCUGGGAGGACGUCUCUUGGGGGAAUUCUGACGACGGAACAGACGGGUAUAACCUUUAUCCUCCUUGGGGACCCGACCUGGGAAUGAAGUAUAACCGGAGGUUUACCGUAGAUACGAUGGCGCAACGCUCCAUUGUCAGAGUCCUCGCAGCCCUCUUCUCUGGCGAGGUAGACAGCGAUGGGGUAAUCUAUACGGAGGGCCAUCUCCAACCAACAAUCCAUCCUAACGGAACCUACGCUGUGCCAGAUACCCUACGGGCCCUCGCAGCGUUGAAUAUCACCGGAUGUGAUGUUAUGACUGCCGAGAGACUUCAAUGUGCCUUGAUCAAUGUCGCAGCAGCAAUUUCCAAGACCUUCCGGGAUACACCUUGGCUGAACGGCUCACACUUGGGAAGUCAUCGAACGGCAGAACAAAAAGAACUAAAAUCUUCGUCGCGGUGCGGUGGCAGUGGAUUGCGCUCCUCCCCGUUUUCGACUGCUUGCUAG